GUUGUUUUUUUGGAUUAAAAAUCUUAACAUUUGUUUUCAUUUUUUUCUAAUUGUGAUUAACUGGAUUGAUUUCCUAUUUUCUAUUUGAUACUAAUCUCUGCUUAUACUGUGAUAACAAUAUUGUUUUGGAAAACAUUUAUGAACAUAUGAAUAGAUUAUGACAACAGUACAAGAGAAACAGUUGAAAGCCAGAAAGAUCCGAGAGGCGAGACGAAAGGUAUUAACUAUUGUUGAAUCAAUUGUUGAUUCUAAGAUUGACCAGGAGACAUUGAUUGACCAUUGUAGAUAUUUAAAUAAACAAGAUUAUCAUGAUGUAAAUGUUGAAAGAAGUUUGGUAAAUAUUUGUGGUUACCCUUUGUGCUUUAAUGAUUUACCCAAAUCAUCACGACAACGUUAUCAUAUCUCAUUAGCUGAACAUAAAGUUUACGAUUUAUCGGAGCGUAAAUUGUUUUGCUCCAAUUUAUGUUAUAAAGCUUCAUGUUACCUGAAAGAGCAAUUAACUGAUGAACCUUUCUGGAUGAGAUUCAGUGAAAUGAUCGGAGCAAUUUCAAGUGUACCCUUGGUUCGGGUUAAUAUUUACCAGGAUACCAAAGGUGCUAGAGGAGAGGAGGUUCUGGUUGUACCAAGGGUGGAAACUGAUGCUGAUAACUUGACCACCGGGGAGAUUGAGACUGAUAAAGAGGAUGAAUUCAAGUUCCAUGGUGUUGAAAAGGAUAAAUUGAAUCAAAUUUCAAGGAAAAGGCAACAAGCCAAACUGAAAAGUACCUUUGUCGCCUCACCUUACAUCAAGGAGAAAGAUUUAACCAAAUUUGCUGAAUCAAUGAGUAAAUUAACAAUCAAGGAAAGAUCAUUGGAUGAUUAAUGUUGACAAUUUUAUUUGAUUGAACAAUUAACCGUUAAAUUCACUGAUUGUUUCAUUAUUGCCUGAGUCUGAUUGAACCUCCUAACAAGAUGAAACUGAUUUUCUUCAUAACAAUUAAGGUUAAUUGCUAGAAAUGGAAACAACAACAAAAUGACUACAACUUUAAUCAACUGAUCAAGAAAAAAAAGCUCAUUCAAAUUGACCAAUAAUUGUUGUUAAUUGUUAAAGGUUCACUUCCAGAUUUUGGCCUUUUACAAUUGCGAGCAAUUAAAGCUUUUAAUUAUCACAAAAAAA